AUGAACCUCGAGGGAGUGGGGGAAGAAGUAAGGUGUCGCACUUUCCCUGUCACUCUGGCAGGCCCUGCGAUACGGUGGUUCAAUAGCCUCCCGCAAGGCUCCGUGGCCGGUUUCUCGGACAUAAGCCGUGCCUUCUUAGCACAAUUCACCACCAGAACCGCGAAGACCAAACACCCGAUCAAUCUGCUCGGUAUCACUCAGAAAGCCGACGAGAUGACCAGAAAAUACCUAGAUCGUUUCAAUGAUGAAUGCUUGGAAAUCGAGGGGUUAACAUAUUCGGUAGCGAGUCUAUGCCUAACGAACGGACUUCUUAACGAGGACUUCAAAAAGCAUCUCACCACUAAGCCAGUCUGGACGAUGCAAGAGAUCCAAACGGUAGCUCGUGAAUACAUUAACGAUGAGGAAGUCAGCCGAGUUAUGGCUGCCAACAAGCGGCAGCCCUCCUACACUCAGCCUAGGCAACAUGGCAACAGAAAAAGACAGAAGGAGCACGCCAGAGACGGCGGCCCAAGCAGGAUGCCUAGACCGUUUCCUCGCGUGGGGAAGUUCACCAACUACACUCCCCUCACUCUCCCCAUCAUAGAAGUCUACCAACAGAUAGCUGAGAAGGGAAUCUUGUCGAAGCCCCGUCCACUGAAGGACCGGACUGGCGGUAACAAGAGCCUUUACUGCGAUUACCAUAAAGGCUAUGGACACAAAACGCAUGACUAUUUCAACCUAAAAGAUGCGCUUGAACAAGCAAUUAGAGAUGGGAAACUAGCUGAAUUAUCCCACCUCAUCAGGGAACCAAGGAGACGAGGUCGCGACCAAGAUGGGAAAGACAAGUCCCGAACAGCGAAGCGGCGGCAAGAACCAAGGGACGAGGAACACGGUCUUACCAUAGUAAACGUAGUGACCGAGCGAAACACAGCCCCAAGAUCGAGAUCAACACACAAAAAAGACACCAAAGUCUUGGCCCCGUCCAUUUCUUUCGAACCAGAAGAUCAAUGGUUCGACGAGAUCCUGGAAAGUCCCCCCAUGGUCAUUACAGCCCGGGUGGGAACCGGCCUCGUCAAACGGAUUCUUAUAGAUACGAGGGCAGACUCGAACAUUAUGUUUCGCAACGUCUUCGAUGCGUUAGGGCUACGAGACGCGGACCUGACGACUCACCAACACGGUGUCGUGGGGCUAGGCGAUCACUUCAUCAAGGCAGAUGGGAUAAUCUCCCUACCGGUUUCCCUGGGAGGAGAACAGGGACGGAGAUUGGUUAUGGCCAAAUUCGUAGUUCUGCGAGACUCCACGACCUACAACAUCAUCUUAGGAAGGAAGACCAUCAAUGAGGUCGGCGCAGUGAUCAACAUAAAACUACUAGUGAUGAAGUUUGUCACGGACAACGGAUCUGUAGGGUCCAUAAAAGGAGUGUUGGAAACGGUGGUUGCUUGCGACAAUGCCAGUCUCUCCCUGAGGAGAAAGUCCAAAGAAGCAUCGGGAGUGUUCCUCGCCGACCUGGACGCUCGGGUCGACGACAACCCUAGGCCCGAACCAGAGGGAGACCUGGAGAAGUUCAGGGUUGGGGACACAGAGGAAAAGUUCACAUUCGUAAAUAGAAACCUCCCGCAUGAAUUAAAAAGAGCCUUUGGUAGAGAUGAUCAGGGCCAAUGGCGACCUGUUCGCCUGGACGCCAGCCGACAUGCCAGGCAUAGACCCUCAUCUUAUGUCACACCACUUGGCCGUCAAGCCCGAAGCCCGACCAGUGGCUCAGAGGAGAAGGAAAAUAUCACAAGAAAGAGCAGAGGAGGUGGUCAGGCAAACGGCCAGCCUCCUAGAAGCAGGUUUCAUCUGAGAGCUAGACUACUCGACCUGGUUGUCAAAUGUAGUCCUAGUAAAAAAGCACAAUGGGAGAUGGAAAAUGUGUGUAGAUUACUCUGA